AUUCCCAGUACAAUCAAUCAAUCAAAUCCAAAUGAAAAGAGAUCUUUGUGCUAGAUGGCUUUGCCCAAUUGUGUGCUCUCCUAAGUGACCUGAGUGCGUUUAAGGUGGGCCACCCUAGGUUGUCUGGUAGGUUAGUGGUAUUAAGUGCAUUUGGACAGCAGUAUUUUCAACUUAAGGAUGGAUUCAUUGGGACAUGUCACCAUAAGCCCAGGAAUAUCCAUACUGUGAGUUUAGUAGCCACCGUGGCAUUGAGAAACCUGGAGGUUCUUGAGAAUGAAGGGGUAUGACCCAGAUAAACAGGGGUGUGUGGGCACCCUGGCCAAUGCCACCCUGUGCAGACUCUCCUCCUCCUUCAGCUUCCUGAGUCGCUGGAAUGACAGGUGUGCACCACUGCACCAGGCUAGUAUUUGUUCUUUUGUGAUCCAUGUGUCUUGCAUGAUGCCCUUGUGGUUUGUCUGUUGGAGCAGCUGUCAGAAUUUCUUUCCUUUUUAGAGCUGUAUAAUAUUCCUCCGUGUGAGUAUUCCCCAUUUGGCUCAUCUGUCUGUUUGAGGUGGACAGUUGGGUUGUGUCCACCUGCAGGCUGUUGUGAUGAUGCUUGAACAUCAGUUUACAAACACCUGUUCAAAUGCCUGUGUCCACUUCUUUUGGAUAUGUGCCUAGGGGUGGCAUUUCUAGAUCCUAUGAGUGGUUUGGGGGGAUUCCCAUACUGUUUCCACGGCGACUCUGCCAUUUUACAUCCCCACAGCAGUAUCUAGGGUCCCAGUUUCUCCACAUCCCGGUCUGCAUUUCUCCUCCUUUCUCUUUUCACAAUAGCCACCCCAUGGGUGUGACAUGCCCUUUACCUGUGCAUGUCAUAAAAAGCAGUGAUUCUAGUGACGCUCAAGUGGACUUUGGAAACCUGACCGGGAGGGAGGGUGGGGACCAGAGUGCCAGCCGCCUGCAAGCCAGGCACGCCCUCCUCCGUCUCCUCUCCUCACCUGUGAAACAGGGGUCACAGCAGGACCGGCCACUGGGGCUCUUGAAGGGCCAGGGUGGAGUAAUUCCUGAGAGACACCCAGCAGAGUGCCUGGCACCAUCUGCGCCCCGAGAUCAUGGCUGUUUUUACUCUAAGCACGUUGUUUUCAUUCUGGUUUCAUGUGUUUUGUUUUCGGGUUUUGAGAUGGCGUCCCACUGUGCUGCCUGGGCUGGCCUCUAUCCUCUGGCCCUCCUUUGAUCCUCCUGCCUCAGCCUCCUGAGUGGCCGGAGACACAGGUGUGGGCCAUGGCGCCCGGCCGCACCUCGGCAUUUUGAAUGGAUGGAAGAACACAGCUCACAAGCCCCCCCCCCCAUGACUGUGACAUUUGCCUCUCCUGGAGAAUGGGCACUGUUCCCGUGGUUCUCCUGUGACGGCCGAGGCUCACCCAUCUUUUCUGACCCCAAACCAAGGACUUGCAGGGUGAGGGCUUUGCGGGGCUCUGAUGGUGCCCAGGCUGGCUGGGGCUGGGGUGGUCUGCCUGCGGCCCUGGCGACGUUUCAGGAGGGUUAUGAGUCGGAAUUACUUCCAGCAGGGCAUCCUCAGGGGGACAGGGGACCACAGUGCCCUGCAGAUACAGUGGCUUUUCUUUCUGGUGACUUCCUAGGGUGACUUUCUAGCGACGGGGUCACUGAGUUGAAAGUAGACAGGGUUUGGGGGGACGAGGUGCACGGGGAGCCUCCCCACUCCUGUGAUGGGGGGCUGGUGGUCUUUCAGGGCCAAUGCCCAUGUGGGGACAGCACCCCAGUGUUGACAGGAUUUUUUUUGGUACCAAGAAUUGAACCCAGGGGCCCUCCACCACUAAGCCCUUCCCCAGCCCUGUUCUGUGUUUUAUUUAGAGACAGGGUCUCACUGAGCUGCUUAGGGCCUCACCAUUGCUGAGGCUGGCUUUGAACUCAGGAUCCUCCUGCCUCAGCCUCCCGAGCCACUGGGAAGACAGGUCAGGAGAGGCUUCCUGGAGGCGGUUGGAGGAGGAGGGGAUCAUGGGUGCACAGAGAUGAGGAGGCAGAUAGAGAAAAAGGGUGCGUCCUGCCUCCUGCCUGGGCGUCACUUCAGAAGUAGGAGAGUGUGUGUAAAAGACAGAGGGAGCAGCCUCCAUUGUAGACUAGGCUGGCAGGAGAGAGAGGGUCAGAUCCGGGGCCUUGGGGAGGAGUCAGGUCUCCACCCAGGGGCAGUGGGAGACCGGAGGGAUUUGAGCUGGGGGUGACGUCCCGACCCUUGGGUAUUAGGGGAGGCCCAGCCUUGGGAACCAAGGGCCAUGCUGAGGCUGACUCCAGAAGUUCCUUCUCCAUGACGCCCUCCCGGCCACCGAGGAGUCCCCUUCUGCAUAGUCACCAACAUUCUGCACACUGGGAUCAAGUUUCGUUCACUGCUCUCUCUGUGUUCAGGGCUUUCUGUGUGUUGGGUUCCCUGCUGCAUCCCCAGCACCUGGCACAUAGUAGGUGCUCAUUAAUAGGGCAUUGGAAUGGAUGAAUGAAUGGUUGGAUGGAUGGAUGGAGAGAUGAGCUAGGGCUGCAGCCACGGGGACAGGGACAGGGGACGCGCGUGCUCCAGUGACAUCUGACAUUUCGGCUGGGCCCUGUGCAUCUGGGGCCCGUGGGUGGCCAGAUCUUGUGUGUUCCGCGCCCAGCUCCUCCUGGAGGACGCCAGCCUGCGCUCUGCCAAUCUGCUCCUGGCCUGUUGCUGGGUGCGCGUCACGGGACGGGUCUGCAGAUUCAGGGGCCAAGGUCAUGUUCCGGGAGACACUGAAAGGUGUCAGGACCGGCCCACGCCCCCGCACCAGAUGGUGGCCUUCCCGGGAAGCAGCGGCAGCCAGAGAGCUGCUGAGCUCCCAGCACGGCUGGCGGGUGUGACUGCGGAGAAGCGUCCACAGCCGCGGGAAUGAGUCAGGGCCUCCGAAUCCCGGUCGCUUCUCCGUUUCUGAUGCUCUUGAUCCUGCUGGAGCCUCAGCCGUAACCAUGGUGACGCGGGUCGAGGUUGGCUCCAUACCGUCCUUGACGGCAGUGCCGGGCCUCGGGGACAUGGGCAAGGAGGAGGCCCUGAAGAGGACUUACUUCUGCCCCGCGGGGGACGCCUCUGGGACACCCUCGGCCCGGAUCUUGGAGGGCAAGAGCCCCCUGCGGAGCCCGGGCCGCCUCUUCCCCGUGCCCAGGCUCGCCCCGCGGCCCUUCUCCAAGGACCAGGCCCCCGACGUGAAGGCCCCCAGCUCGGCCCUGUGGCCUGGGCCCGCCCGGCCGGGUCCCUCGGGGCCUUGUGACCUGGACAGGAGGAUGCCCAGCCUGGGGGGGCAGGGGGUGGGCGGUGGAGUGGCCUCGGGGACAGGCCCGUCCCCGCUCAGCAAGGCUGCCUGCCCACGGCCCGGCCCUGGCACCGCGCUUCUCUUUGAAGCCACCAGAACUGGUCCCACCCUGGGGAAGGGGCUCAGCGAGGGCACGGUGGCCGUGACCCCCGAGUCUCCUCCCAGCUCCCGGCCUGAGGUGGCCGCCAAGCCUGCCCGGAAGCCCCCAGGGGCCCUUCCCCGGCCGGCGUCACUGCCACAGGACAUGCGACCAGCCGUCCCCCAAGAGGAGGCCACCCAUGACCAGUCGGUCCCAGAGGGCGGCGAGGAGGACCCCACGGGACCCCCAGCAGAAUCCAGGCCUCGCCCCAAGAGAAGGCCCGUCUCGGCCAUGUUCCUGGAGCCCGCUCAGCCCCCGAGGCCGGGCCCAGGCGCAGGGGCCACGUCGGGGAAGGUGGCCCCGGCCCCGCCCGAGAAGACCUGGGUCAGGAAGCCCCGGCCGAUGUCCGUGGACCUCACGGCCCCGUUCGAGAGCAAGGAAGCCCUGCUGAGGAAGGGGACCCGUGAGGGGCCGCAGGGGACAGACAGGGCCAACCCGGAGCCUCGGGUGGACGGGGGGUGGCCUGCCAGAGCCGAGGGUCCCCCUGGGGACCCAGACGCAGACUUCCUGGAGGUGGCCAAGAAGAUCCGAGAACGGAAGGAGAAGAGGCUUCUCAGGCAGGAAGAGACGGGCAGCCCCAGGAGCCCAGGGGACCCGGCCAGGGCGGGCCCUGGACAUGACCCACGACCCCAGCAGGAGAAAGCCAGCCUGGGCCAGGAGCCAGAGAAGACGCCCCCGUCCCCGCUGCCCAGGUCAGCGAGGGGCCCGGAGCUCGCGGAGGCCAACAGCAGAGGGGGCGACAGGGAGGCCGCAGCGGGGACGGCGGGGGCCUCCAGGGGCUGCGUCAAGAAGCGCCUGAGCCUAUUCGGGGAGGAGAGCCGCCUGGGCCCCGCAGCAGCAUGCGAGUCCCCACCGGCCACCCCUCAGUCCCCACCCACAGUGCCACCGCCCCAGAAGGGGGGCGUGAGUGUCCAGGAGCGGAUCAAAGGCUGGACCGCGGAGGGCGCCAGGGGGAGGCCCGAGCUCAGGAGGAGGACGCUCCCGUGGUCGCGGCCGCUGUCGGCAGAUCUGACCAGACUGUUUUCAAGUUCAGCCUCCAGUAGCGACAUCAGGUGUGAGAAGACCGCUGUGCCCAGCCCCACGUGUCCUGAGGAGCCCUCGGCCGAGCAGAAGGAAGGACAGAGUCUGAAUGGACGGACUUCCCCAAGGACCCUCUGGAAGCCUGAGGUCCCCCAGAAGAAGGGCAGACAGCCUGCAGGCCAGGACGGCGCUGACCAGGUCCCCAGCCGCUGUCGGGGUGGCGGCUCCUCUGGGGCUCCAGGCUCCCCUGAGGCCACCCUGGAGGACGAGGGCAGCUUCCAGAAGGUGUGGGCCACUGUGUUCGAGCACCACGUGGAGCGACACUUGGUGGCUGACCUGUCGGGACACCGCCUCUCGGCCACGCUCCCUCAUAACGAGGCCGAGCCGCCCGUCCCAGAGCCCAGACCCAGGCCCGAGAAGGGCCCUUGGCCGGCAGUGACGGUCCCCAGGAAGGAGAACCCCAGGAGCCCCGAGAGCGCUGAGCCACGGAGGCUGGGACGAGGCUCCCUGGCCGAUGGGGAGCCGAGACCGGGCCACACGCCCGUCCUGGAAAAAUACCCUUUUGGUGACAAAUGCACCAACAGCCCUGUCCCAAGGCCCGUGGAAACCCCCCCGGCGUGGCCGAGAGUGGAGCCCAGGUACGACGUGGUGCUCGCCGUCGGGGAGCGCGCCCACAGCGAGGCUGUCCCCCUCGUGCCCGAGGCCAAGGCUGUCACACUGCGAAGCAGCCGGACCCGGCCCUUGCUCAAGGACCGGCAGCUGUCCCAGGAGGCCACCUCCUCUGACCUGGAGCGCAGCCCGCACGGGCCCCGGGGGUGUGUCCAGAGGGCCAGUCUGAUGUGGGAAGCUCAGGGGCAGGAGGCCAGCGGGAGGCCUGUCUGUCGGGAGCCCAAGGACAUGCCCGGAGGCAGCUGCCCAUCGCCCAAAUGGACAGGUGGGACGGUGGCGAAUCUGCAUAGAGCCACCGUGGGGGCCAGCCCAGCGCCCUGUGCUCCUGAGGCCACUUCUUCCAGCACUGUCCAGGCUUCGGUCCGGGAGGCACAACCCCGGGGCCCUGGGAGGGUCAGUGUGUUGGUGGCAGGAGAGGUUCCCUCCCAGGGAGACCCCCGGGGUCCUCCAGCCAGGACCACGGACAAGCCCUUGAGCUCCCCGGCACAGCCGUGCCCAGAGACGCAGCCUGUGCAGAAGGGGCCUCGUGUGGCUGCCAGCACGGGUGACGCAGGGCUGGCCCAGGUCCCCGAAGCCAAGGUGUGGAAAACCAGUCCCAGUACCCGGAGGGUGGACCGGUGGAGGCGGCGGACUUUACCCCACUACGUGAAAUUCGACGACUUCAGCCUCCUGGGCCCCGAGACCACUGCGAGAGCCGAGCAGAGGCCAGCCGACUCCCUGGGCCCCACGGCCGGUGCCUUCCAGAACCCCCCCACCCCACCCGCCCCGGAGACCCAGGAGGAGGCCCCAGGGCCCUCAAGGACCUCCCCAGCAGGGAAGCCAGCGUCAUCUGUGGAGCCCAGGGUGACGUUUUUUGCAGUAACAUAUCAGAUUCCUGAUAUUCAAAAGACAAAAAGUGUCGUUAAGCUCAGGCCUGAGAACUCACUGGAACAUUCUAGAAAAACGGCCCCGCAUCCCUCAUCCCACCCUCUCACAUCUGCUUUGGUUUCUCCCAACCACGGGGAGCCACAGGCGACUGCGGGCAGGAGAAGCUGGGCUCAGGGACCAGAGGGUGUCAAGGGGACCGAUGUCUCCAGGGCCCCGAAGCCCACAGACCGCCCUUCGCCCCCCAGGGACGGGAUUCCGGACCCUUCCCGCGAAAGGAUCAUCGACGUGGACGCUUUAUCGACUCCUCGGGGGUCAGGAGAUGGCGGGGGUCUUCAGAGCAGCUGGAAGGACUGUGGAAACAAGGUGUCCCAAACUGCCCCAGCCCUGCGGAGUCGGCCAAAGGCCAGCAGCCUACUGGUCAGAAGGAGGACCGAGGUGGUCAGCGAGACGUACCCAGGGAAAAUGAGGGACGGCUACAGACCCGGCGUCCUCGACAUCGACGCCCUGAUGGCCCAGUACCAGGGGCACUGCUCCCAAGGCCCGGACGAGGCCCAGGAGCGCAGGGGCAGCCCCACCGCGGAGCCCAGCAGCUCGCCCCUCGAGAGGCCCGGCCGGCUGGGGAGGCAGGAGCUGGGCAGCGGGAGUCCCCAGGAGGCUGCGGGGGUCUGGAAGCGAGCCAGCCUGGCCGAACCCCUUCGCACGUCCAGCCCCAGCUCCCCCAGGCCGCCAGCAGAGACCCCAGGGCCAGCUCCGGCCACCAAGCCUAGCUCCCCUCUGUGGGCUCGGCCACUGCCCACUCCCGCGGAGCAAUGUCCUGCGGCCUCUCCUGUCCCUGAUGGUCCCAGGCACAGAGUCUUGGGGGUCACUGAGAAUGAAAGCAGGGCCUCCGGCAGCCAGCUCAGGGCCAAGUGUCAGCACUACCCUGUCGAGCGCAGGCCCCCUGCCCCCGAGGACCCGGCCGGUGGGGUGAGGGGAUCACCCAGGUCACCCGCCGAUGACCACAAGAACAGGACUCCAAGGAAGUCCACUGGGGAGGGCGAGGAGGCCCCGGGGAGCGGCCCCCCACAGCCCUGUGGAAAGGUGGUGCCGGACGUCAAGAGGUCCUGCUCCGAGAAGGGCCCCCGUGCCAGGACCCAGGAGGGUCUGUCCAUCAUGCAGGAAGCCAGAGAGAGGAGGCCAGAGCUACCCAGGGGGAGGCUCAGCCUCCCCGUGGAGAGUUCAGAAGCCAAAGCAGGACCGCAGAGGUGGGAGCCGAGGACUCAGGACAGCCACAAGGUGCCAUCGCGGGGCCUGGAGCCGGGGGAUGCCCUUCAGGAUAAUGAGCAGCCACUUCGGCAGGGAUCCCCUGUGGCCUCGGGACCUCAGAGAAGUCACAGCUUUUGCAAGGACAAGAGGAAUGGGCCUUUCGUGGACCACCUGAAGCAGUGCUUCUCCAGGCGACCCCCUGAGGCCAAGGACACAGACACCCUGGUGCACGAAGCCGAUGGCCAGUAUGGGACAUGGGCAGACCAGCGUCAGAGUGGGGACAGCUUGGCCCCCGAGUCACCGUCUCCGGACAGCAGCACCCCGUCAGCGCGGAGACAGCCCCUCAGUGGCCGCUUGUCCUCUCUGUCCUCGCAAACGGAGCCCGCCUCGGCCGCCGACCAGCGGAGCACCAGCGUGGACCGCUCCAGCUCCGAGCUGGAGUCCACCGACGGGGCGGACGGGCUGCCCCCACCGGAGCCCUGCGCAGCUGGCGGAGCGGACGACUUCUCCUUCAUCGACCAAACCUCAGUCCUCGACUCCAGUGCCCUCAAGACCCGGGUGCAGCUCAGCAAAAGAAGCCGCCGCCGGGCUCCUAUCUCCCACUCUCUCCGGCGAAGUCAAUUCAGCAAGUCAGAGAGCCAGUCUCCUUUGGAGGAAGAGAUUGAUAGCAUGUGGAUGUUCAAGGACUCAACAGAAGAGAAGUCGCCCCGGAGGGAAGAGUCAGAUGAGGAGGAGAAGCCUCCUAGGGUGGAAAGAGCUCCCGCCAGCCUCCCUCAGAGGGUGCCCGUGUUCCCGGGCAUGGACCCAGCCGUGCUGAAGGCCCAGCUGCCCAGGAGGCCAGAGGUGGACAGUUCUGGAGAGACCCCCGGCUGGAGCCCCCAACCCAAAGCCCCCAAGUCCCCCUUCCAGCCUGGGGUGCUGGGUAGUCGCGUGCUGCCCUCCAGCAUGGACAAGGACGAGAGGUCAGAGGAGCCCUCUCCCCAGUGGCUGAAGGACCUGAAGUCCAAGAAGAGGCGGAGCCUGUAUGAGAACCAAGCUUGACCGGGCAGGGGACACCGCCACACCCAAUUAACAGAAGCCUUAAGUGCCAGACUGUCUGAACCCGCCGCUGAGGCCGAGCCGCCGUUCCUGCACCCCGCACACGUGCCUGGGCCCCUCCCGAGGCCCGAGACCACUGUCCAGAGCCCCAGGAUCCGGCCAGGAGGCCCGGCCUCCACAGCCCCACUCAGCUCCCUAGACGGCACCGCUGCCUGGGACGACGCCCGGCCGUGCAGAAAGGCCCACGCCGCCGGGUCCUGCCUUUCCCUCAGAAGUUCCCAUCUGGACCCUCUCUCCGAGCCGUGGACGCCGGGGCUGGACUGUCACCCUGGGUCCUGGGAAAGCCCCGCAUUGGGAAGGCACCUUGCUCCUCCCCAGGCAGGUCUUCUGGGAAGGAGGUUUUCCAGAGAGUUCCAGUGUCUGCUCCCUGACACAGCCUUGGUCCAGGGACCGCCACGAGGCCACAGUUCCUGGUGACUUCUCGGCAGGCUCCUCCCCCGGAAGGAGGCCGCAUUGGCAGCCACCUUUCCCGUUCCUUCAAGGGUCUCUGUCCUUCCAGGAGCCAUGUGCAGGGCCAACUGCGUCAUCGUCCGUCAUUUUUGUUUGCUUUAGAAGGUGAUAAAGCAAUAAUUCCGCCAAUGUUCUUUGAAACUCGAUAUGUCCAUGUUUGUAGAGGCCGGGAGGGGGGUCUGACGGCGAGCCGUGAAGUGCCACCACCUCAGGUUGUCCAAGCUCGGUGAAACGGUCAUUGUCACCCUGGUCCAUAUCUUCCUGGUUCCUUUCCGUCUGAUCCCUGGGGAGGCUUUGUCUCUGCAGCUGGGACGGCGCUGCCCUUGCCCCCAGACGUCGGGCCUGCGCUGGGCCUCCUUUCCCGGCCUCCUUUGAACCCUGCUGGCCUUCUGGGGAGAGGGACCGCCACUGCGAGCUGAGCCAGGACACACAGGGUCCUGUCCUCCUGUCCCACCCCACCCCACCUGCACCCAGCUCCACCCGCCCAGGGCCCUUCUUGGCCCAAGUGCCGAUCUCACUCCAAGUCCUUCCCUGGAGGGGAGCCCCGGGCGGGGACUCUGGGCAGAAGUGCUGGGUGCUGGUGACACAGGGGGGACCCACUUCACCUCUCUUUCUUGCUAGCGAUAAGCGAAGCCUGGGGGCAGCCACAGCCUCUGGUGGCUCCUGACGCCUUCCCCGCCUCUUGCUCUCCCUGGGAGUACUCAGCACCAGCACCUCCUCUUGGGAAACCCAGGUGCCAGCAAGCACCCUGCACCCGUCCUGCCUGGAGUCGCCACCAGUCUUGUGCCAACUUUGCCUGGGAGAUGUCCUCGGUGACAUUCUGGGCUGUGCAGGACUGUGGAGGGCCCCAGCACCUGCUCCUUGGCUUCCCAAGUGGCGGCCAUCUCUGGGUAUCCCUUCUCUGCAGAGUGUCAAGACCUGCUUCUCUUGUCUCUCGCUGGUCACGUCUCCACUGGUCCCCCCAUGCCCACCUCCUGGUCUUCUCUGCCUUCACCACCUCGUAUCUCUCUGUGUGGGGGGGGACAGCAGCCCUCCGUCUCUCCAGGUUAGGACAAACACCUGUGCCCGGGGAGUACCAUGUUCAGUACCGUGGACAGUGGCCACAGACCCCAGGGCACCCCACGCCAUCCCUGCCCCCUCCCAGCUCUGCACCUGGGAGCCUCAUGUCUCCGUGUCUGGGACUUGGUGUCCUCUGCAGCCACCUGGGGACUCACUGCCUCUGGAACAGCUUGAAUUGGUUUUCUUGAGGGUCUGUCUCAGUUUUCCAGCAGUUUUGAGGUGGUGGCUUUCCAAGUCAAGGGACACGUUCUUGAGUGUUUUGACGCUGACGUCUCAGUUUUUAUCUUUUCUUGUGAGUGAAAGGGCUUCUUGUUCCCUCUCAGGAGCAGGCACAGAGCAGAUCUUGAUAUACUGAUGCAAACACCAGGGGCACGUAACCACUGAGCAACACCCCCAGCCCUUUUUAAGUUUUUGUUUAGAGAGAGGGCCUCACUAAGUUCCUGAGUCUGGCCUCUAACUUGCGAUCCUCCUGCCUCAGCCUCCCGAGCCUCUGGGAUUACAGGCGUGCACUACCGUGCCCAGCAGAAUCCUCAAUUCUUAAUAUAGUAGCCCACCUGACAGGAAGGAGAUUCCUGAAACAAAAGAUUCCAGACAAGACUGCCCUGGGGUGGUUCUUUCCAGCCUUUCCCUCCUUGGUUGGCAUAAGUCUACUUAAUUCCCUGUUGAUGAAGAGGUAACACUGACCUUGAAUCUGGCCAGAACAAGCCUCUGCACCUUUGUCCAUGCACCUCCGCAUCUCUUCCAGCACCCCAGGGCUGACAAUCACAGCCACGCGGGUUCUCUGGACCCCAGGCUCCUGCUAUGAUCAGCGCAAUGAAGUGACAGGUGGCUGAUGUUCCAGGGGGUGGCCCCGCGGGUUGCCGAUUUCUCCUUUGGAAAUCUGUCCCCUUUUAAACUACCUUAAUAUGCCUUAAUCCUCCGGGUGCCCGAGCCUGCCCCCACCCAGCGUCCUCCCCGGCUCCCCCGCUGGGGACCCCACAUUCCCGUGCUCCUCGUCCCCUCCGCCCCUUUGCACAUCAGCUCUUUGACAGCUGGCCUUUUGAUAGUCCGUACCUUGUCCUGCAGUUAGACCCCUCCCUCAUGGUCCCCACAGCCAGGGCUCGGGAAUCAGUGUUGGGGAGACUCGGCCCCCCGAGAAGGCAGGUGGGGGUGGAACUUGUGGUCCCAGGGAGGUUGGGCGUUGGGAGCGGCGACAGCCUCACAUUCGACAAUCAGGGACAGGACAGUCAGAUGGCGGUCGUGCCUUCCAGGGGACGGGCCAGGUGACAGAUGCGGAUGUUCCUCUGCACAUCCCCAGGGGUGACGCCGGCCUGCUAAGGACUGGAUCAGCAAUGUGCAGGUCCCAGGCCUGGAGCGCAGGGGCUGAGCGGGGGACUUGGAAGGACCUUCAGGUGAUUUUCCUACCGCUGACCACGGCUUCUCCGCAUGCUGUCACGGUGCGACCUCCAUCUGUGCGUGAACCCUCCAGGAUGCCCCAGGAGCUUGGCAGAACUGCAGAGCUGAGUCUCCCACCCCCAGUUUAGAUGUGUGGGCGUGGCCAGGUGGACGGUUCCCAAGUGGCACCGCGGCAGCCUCUGCCUUCUCCACACCAUGCGUUGAAACAGGAACGCAAAAGGCCCAGGGGGUCCUGGUUCCCUGGGGCAGGAGGGACCGUGUGCGAGGAGGGGGACACUGGACCUGUGCCACAUCCAGAAAGGAUAGAGCAAGGGGGGGUCUGUGCUGAGAAGCUCCCCAAGUAACCCACCAGGCAGGCUGGGGCUCUGGAAGCCACCAGGCCCAGUGAGCUGGCUGUCCCCGUCCCUGUCCUCCUGGGUCCCUUGCUCUCUGUGUCCAGUUGGCUUCUGUGGGAAGGUGGGUGGGAAGCCAGUUUUCUUUUCCAGAAAGUCAACCUGAUGCUUUUGGCAAGCAAACGCUUGAAGUGGACGCCUGAGCCUGUCCCCUCGUGCCCGGGAGCUCCUUAAACAGUCGCGCUCUGGCCCGCGCCCCGUCUCCUCCUGCCAUGACUCGGACCUGCCCUUCCGUGACAAUCGCUGGUGGCAUCAGGCCCGCUGGACAUUGAUGCCAUGGUCUAAAGAAGAAUCUGAGCUUUUUAGUGGCCUCCUCCGACACGGCCUUACGGAUCCUAUAAACACGGGGUUCACACGUCCUUGACUGCGUCAGGGAAGAGACUUUUGUUCUGUCGUUUCCCAAACCCGGACAAUGCCCCGAGAGUCCUGCCCUUCCCGGGCGGGCGAUCUGGCCCUCAGGACACUCCCGGUCCGGGGCAGGAGGGUGAAAUCCAUAUGCACAGAGUCUCUAUUUUCCUAGUCAUUCUUGCGGGUCCCUCCUAGGAUCUUUGAGUCACCAUAGAAGGUGUCAAUUCCAGGGAAAGGUGCAGUCUUCUGCCCGCCGGGUUGUCGCAGUGGCCUUAUGAGUCCCCAGGCUCCGGGCCUUCUGGACAGAGGGCAGGCGAGAGGCACCUUAGCCAGUCCCGGGAACGACCUGUCACCGCGUGGCUGAGAAUCCAUCUAGAAAACCCUCUAUUUUUCAUGUAAAGGCCCCGCGGGGCUCCCUGACCUCUCGGCGUCGCGUGUCUACAAGGGCUUUCAUGUUUGUGACUGUAUAGAGGCCCUGCCUGUCUCCAGAGCAGCUGGGGACGGUCCACCGCAGUGAGGAGCCUGGGCUGGGCUUGCACAGAGAUGCUGCGUUUGGGCCACGAACAUAGCAAAUAAAGCUUGGACCAAGUGGCGUUGGAGAAGU